GGAAGGACUACGAGAACGCGGUGAAGUACUACAGCAGCGCCAUCGAGCUGAACCCCGCCAACGCCAUCUACUAUGGCAACCGCAGCCUGGCCUACCUGCGCACCGAGUGCUACGGCUACGCCCUGGCCGACGCCACGCGCGCCGUCGAGCUCGACAAGAAGUACGUCAAGGGCUACUACCGCCGCGCCGCCAGCAACAUGGCCCUGGGCAAGUUCAAGGCCGCCCUGCGCGACUACGAGACGGUGGUGAAGGUGAGGCCGAACGACAAAGACGCCAAACUGAAGUACCAGGAGUGUCACAAGAUCGUCAAGCAGAAGGCCUUCGAGCGCGCCAUCGCCAGCGACGAGCACAAGCGCUCCGUCGUCGAUUCCCUCGACAUCGAGAGCAUGA